AUGGCCGCGGAGAGCUGCCACCCGCGCGGCCUCUCGUGGUUCGCCAGGUCCUGCAUCCCCACGGACCCCGCCCGCCACACCGCCGUCCCGGUCCCCAUCCCCAUCUCGGCCCCCGACGCCGAGGAUCCCGACCCCGAGGCGGAGCCCCCCAUCGCGGCGCUCCCCGACGAGCUCCUGCUCGAGAUCCUCGCCCGCGUGCCCCGCGCCUCCCUCCCGCCGCUCCCCGCCGUCUGCCGCCGCUUCGCUUCCCUCCUCGCGUCCCAGGCAUUCCUCCACCUCCGCCGCGCGCGCGGCCGCCUCCGCCCCUGCCUCCUCGCCGUCUCCUCCUCCGCCCGCGCGCUGCUCCUCCACCUCCACGCCUCCCCCUCCUCCUCCUCCUCGCUCGACGUCGCCGCGCUUCCCCUUCUCCUGCCCCCGCCGCUCCUCCCGCACUCGUUCGCGCACGCGCGCGCCGUCGCGGUGGGGCGGCACGUGUACCUGGUCGGCCGCGGCGCCACGCUGCGGGUGGACCCGCUGACGGGCGCGGCGAGAGCGUGCGCGCCCACGCUGUUCCCGCGGAGCAAGUUCGCGGCGGCCGCCGUGGGCGCGCGGAUCUACGUCGCGGGCGGCUCCGCGCGCACGGCCGCAGUCGAGGAGUACGACCCGGCCGCCGACGCGUGGCGCGUCGUCGCGGAGGCACCCCGCCGGAGGUACGGCUGCGCGGGCGCCGGCGCCGCCGGCGUGUUCUACGUCGCCGGAGGGGUUGCCGUGGGAGGAGGACGAGGGUCAGCGGCGGCGGCGCUGGUGGAGGCGCACUCGUGCGCCGGGUCGGUGGACGCGCUGCACGUGGCCUCAGGCGCCUGGGCGUGGGCGCGCCCGCGGGCGGUGCCCGGCGGCGGCUGCGUCGUGGGCGCGUGCGGCGCCGGGGAUGGCCACCUCUACGUGGUGGCCUGCCACGCCGUGGACCUCUCCUUCUGGCGGUGGCACGGCGGCGGCGGCGGCAGCAGGGGCGGUGGCGCCGGCGGGUGGGUGGCGCUCGAGGCGCCGCCCGUGCCCCGCGGCGCCGUGGGGCUGGGCGUGGCGGUGCGCGUGGCGAUGGCCGGCGUGGGCGCCGACCGCGUGGCGGCGGUCGUCAACGUGGCCGCCGUCAGGGGCCACGCCGCCGCCGCGGCGGCGGCUGCGGCCUCAGGCGGCGCCGUGGAAGGGCUGGUGCUGGUGUACGACAUCGGCGGUGGCAGGUGGAGCCGCGCCCCGACCUGCCCCCUGGGUUCCGGCGCGCCGCGUGCGCCGCCGUCGAGUGCUGACACGGUGGCGCCGUUGGUUGGGACGACGAUGGCGUGUCCGAGAAGAGUUGACUGGCAUUGUAAGGUUUUGCUGGAUUGA